UCUGCCAAUCGGUGAUCAAUCUUUAAAAUAAUUUAAAUUUUUUACCAUGAUAUCAAACAAAAAAAGAAAAAUAAAGAUUGAACCAAAAUCUAUUAAAAAAUUACAAACUCAGGAUAUAACAUCAUUUUUUAAUAAUUCAAGUACUGUCAAUGAAAAAUGGAUUAUAAAAGAUUCAUUAUUAAUCUAUCAAACAGACCAUAUGCCUCCAUCUGACAAGGUGGCCUGCUUUGACCUGGAUGGCACAGUAAUAACCACAAAAUCUGGGAAAGUGUUUCCUAAGGAUGAACAUGAUUGGAAAAUUAAUAGUUUAGAUGCUACUAACACUGAUAAAUUUAUAUCAAAAUUGAAUAUAUUAUAUGAAGAAGGCUAUAAAAUUGUUAUUUUUACUAACCAAAAAGGAUUGCUGAUGAAUAAAAAAGGAAUUUCUGUAGAUUCAUUUAAAAGGAAAAUUGAAUCCAUUCUAAAGCAUAUAUUUAAAGAAAAUCCUUGCAUAGUUUUUGUAUCCCUGUCAAAUGAUUAUUAUAGAAAACCUCUUAUUGGUAUGUGGAAUUAUUUACAAAAUAAUUGUAAUGAUAAUGUAACCAUUGAUCGAUCAAAAUCAUUUUAUGUUGGAGAUGCAGCAGGAAGAGACUCUUACACUUUCAUGCAUCAAACAGUAAAAAAAGAUUUUUCUUGUUGUGAUAGACUUUUUGCUAUUAACAUAGGAUUAGAAAAUUUUUACACUCCAGAAGAAUAUUUCCAUGAACAAAGUCAUAAUGUCCCAUAUCACUUACCUUCAUUUAAUCCUAAAGCAUUUCUAUCCACUUUUGAUAAAACUUUAGAUCAAAACACGCUUUUACUUUCUCCUCCUGAUGCUCAAUUAGUUUCAACUAACAAAGAAAUGGUAAUGAUGGUAGGAUUCCCUGCUUCAGGAAAAAGCUUCUUUGUUCAAAAAUAUUUUGAAUGUCAAAAUGAAAAGUCUCAUAAAUAUAUUAGAGUCAAUAUGGAUACACUUAAAUCAAAAGCAAAGUGUGAAAAGUUUUGCAAGGAAAUAUUGUCAACUAACAAAAUUUUUGCCGAAACAGAACUGACUUCCAUGAUAGUUGAUAACACUAACCCGGACAUAGCCAGUAGAAAAUCUUUUAUAGAUAUCGCCAAAAAUUACAAAAUUCCUGUCAGGUGUUUUUGGAUAGACACUCCCUUCGAACAGUGUCUUCAUAACGAAAAAUACAGGCGAUUAUUGCAACUACCCAAUUUUGCACAUAUAAACGAAAAGACAAACGGAAAUUAUGGCAAUACAACUUUGGACAAACAACAUUCUAGUGUUCCGGAGUUAGUUUUUAGAAAAUAUAGAACCAAAUUUCAAGAACCUACUCUGGAAGAAGGCUUUAAAGAAAUUAUUAAAGUUAAUUUUAUUCCAAUUUUUCAAAAUGAUUCUCAAAGGACAUUAUACAGUCAAUAUUUAUGAAAUCGCAUGUAUUUUGAUAUACUUAACCAUUUAUUAUAAAUUAUUUCAAGUACAUUAAAACAUAUUUUUUUUAUUUUUCUAUUGUUAUAAAAAUAAGACAAUUAAUAGCUUAUCAUUAAUUCAAAUUUAAGACAACAAUAAACGCAUUUUGUUGUAAUAAAAUUAAAAAGGAAUUUCUGCCCAUUUCAUAAAAUGUCCAAUCGAACAGGUAGGAAUAAACAUUACGUGGGAUUUGAUUUUUAGGUUUUGAUCAUCUAUAAUUUAUAUAAA